GCCGACGUCGCCUGCCGUCUCCAUCUGAUCUUCCCAUUUACUACUCAUUCUUGAUUUCGAAAAUGCUCGCACGCAUUGUCUUUAACUCGCUGCGCCCGUCUGUCAAUGUCGGUGCGCAACGCGCUAUAUCUGUUCAGUCUUUGCUUCAUGGCUCUCCGGAGGCGAAACAAGAAGGGGAGCUUGAGAUCAAACAACAUUCGAGACGGGUGGGAAGAGGAAAGUACAUCCAUGGGUUUGAAGUGCACCAUGUGAAGCCUGACUCCGUCGAGGAGUAUAAGAAAGCCGCGGAAGCAUACUACGUCGGUUUGAAGGAAGACCCAGAAACUCGUGUCAAGCUCACCGGGAACUGGGAAGUAAUCAUCGGAGAGCAGGACACUUUCUAUCACGUUCUCGAGUACGAAAAUUAUGCUGGCUUCGACAAGGCGUGGGCACGUAUCCUGAACUCUGAGCAUGCCAAAGCCCAUGCUGCCCUUGCUCCUUACCUCCGCUCCCGCUCGACUCAACUCAAUCAAGAGUUUGCCUUCCUCCCUACAGCCCCACCUCACACCGAGGGUGGGAUCUUCGAAAUGAGAACCUAUCAGUUGAAUCCAGGAACACUGCUAGAAUGGGAGGGCGCUUGGCGACGCGGCAUUGAUGCUCGUAGGAAGUUUGUUGAACCAGUCGGGGCAUGGUAUGCUCAAGUUGGCCGGUUGCAUCAAGUGCAUCACCUUUGGCAAUAUCCUGAUCUCGCUACCCGCAAGGAAAUGAGGGAGCAAGCCUGGCAACUGGACGGAUGGGCAGAUACUGUCUCCAAGACCUCACAACUAGCGAAGUUCAUGGACUCGUACUUGAUGGUCCCACUAUCAUUCAGCCCCCUCAAGUAGUCUGCUUAAACUCGAAUACCCGAAGUCGGGCAGUGGUGCCCCCUCAAUGGACUGUGGACAUUUGUAUAUUAUUAUGGCGUGAUCCCUUGCUAAGAGUGGAGUUCUCUACUAUAUGUGCUUCUAAGGAUUGGGGACGGAUGAAC